AUGGUGCAUGCACACGCGCACCGUGACCGCGUGCCCCGUUUGAAGGGCAGAAGCCCGGAAAAUGAUGCGGUGACGGUGGUCUAUGUGACUAUGAGUGCGGAUUUCGAUGGCCCAAUCGGCGGCUAUGUCACGGGGAGCAAGACGUCCUCAGAAAGCAGCAAAAACACGGCUGUUGGUAUCGGCGCUCCUGUCAAAGGAUCGAAGUCGUCCUCGACAGCACAAGAGACCGAGACGACCGGGGCCACUGAGGCAGCAGCGACAAAGACAAAAGCAGAGACUCAUGCUACCGCCACGAAGACUGCUGAGACCGAAAUCACGACGGCACCCCAGCCAACGACAACCGAGGCGACCAAAGAGACCCAAAGUGCGAGCAAAGAGGAAACUUCUUCGGCAAAUAAGACCACCUUUCAGACCAGUACUUCGUCUGCUACAUCUUUGGAAUCAUCCUCGGUAUCCUCCCAAGGCAAGGCUGGACUGGAGAGUUCCGACGUCACUGGGUCUUCUGCGUCGGCAUCUGCAACCGCAGUUUCGGGAUCAGGAGGGCUCUCUGGAGGUGCGAAAGCCGGCAUUGCUAUCGGUGUGAUAUUGGCGGUUGGCUUGGUUGCAGGCCUCGUCCUUCUCUGGGUACGGAAGAAGAAACAGGAACAGAAAAUCCAAAAGGAAGUAGCCGAAGAUGAAAAGUUCUGGGGCUCAGAUCCUGUCGCGCCACCACCACCACCUCCGAAGACUGAGCCGAUGAGUUCUCUGGAUCCACCUCAGCUCCAAGUCCGUCCAGUCACACAGUUUGCGCCAUUUGCAUCAGAGUUCAGUGCUGGUGCUGGUGCUGCAGGUCCCUCUACGGUUGCUGCCGACGCUGCUGUUGCCUCAGGUGCAGUCGCUGCUUCAGGUGCAGCUGCUGCCUCAGGUGCGGCUGGUACACGGAACCUGACUGGAAACUCACCGGUUCACACACCACAAUCAAGUACCGCCAGCGCAGAUCCCUUCACUGAUCCUGUCAAUCCAUUCAAUCACCCUUCCGAUGUCUCGCCGCCUUCCACAUCACACGGCUCCGUUACUCAGCUUGGCCCUGUCCCAGAAGAACCUGCGGUUGCUGAUUCCGCUUCAGAAACAGCCACGGCAACGGGAAUCGCUGUGACUGGUGUUGUAGCUGGUGCUGCUGUGGCCGCGGUUGCAGCCUCCAGCGCGUCAGAUAAGGAUCUGCCUAGCCGCCCUGAAAGUUCCGUAUCUAGUGUCUCCUCCGAAUCCAGUUCGACUAAUCCUGGUCCAGAUGGUCCUUCAGAUGCCAAUGCGGCCCCAGCUUCAGCUGCUCCUGCCGUCUCUCCUGUUCAAUCAACUGCAUCAGCUGAGCCCGUCCCUGUUCCUGUUCCAGUUCCCGUUUCUGCUCCUGCUCCUGCUCCUGCCUCAUCCAAUGUGCAUCGCGUGCACUUGGAUUUCGCUCCUUCAAUGGCCGAUGAACUGGAGCUACAUGCCGGUGAUCUUGUCAGACUACUGCACGAGUACGAUGAUGGAUGGGCUCUAUGUAUCCGUAUGGACCGCUCUCAGCAAGGUGUUGUCCCCCGCUCAUGUCUUUCCCCGCGUCCUUUGAUGCCCCGGAUGGGCCCGCCCCCGGGUGCAGCCCCUGGACCGCGAGGACCGCCAAUGAUGGGCCCUAACAGUCCCAUGCCGGCUGGAACCAUGAUGCCGACUCCGCGCUUUUACCCUCAGGAAGGUCGUCCAAUGUCACCGGCUCGCCCCAUGUCACCGGCUCGCCCCAUGUCACCGGCUCGCCCCAUGUCACCGGCUCGCCCCAUGUCGCCGGCUCGCCCCAUGUCGCCGGCACGUCCAAUGUCGCCGGCGCGCCCCAUGCCUCCUGCUCACCCCGGUUACGCUGGUCCUCCGCAGUCGCAGCCCUAUCCUCAGCGUCCUAUGUCUCCGGCACAUUUCCCACAACCUCCGAGAUCUUUCUCUCCCGGUCCCGGUCCAAUGGUUCCUAGGUCUUUGAGUCCUGGGCCUUACGGACCCCCGGGAAUGCAAGGUCCCCGCAUGCCAGUCAACCAACGGAUGCGCAGCAACAGCACAGGAGGUGUGGCUGGACCGAACGCUCGAAUGGCAGGGCUAGCCGGACCGAGUCCUCUCGGAACUCCGCUCGGACCAACUUCCAUGCAUCUAGCAUCUCUGCAUCCGUCAGUCAACGCUGCACCAGCUUCGGCAACCAUUGAGACAGUCGCCCCCGAAAAUAGCCAUGAGUAA